ACAGUCUUCUGCACGGUGCUAGAAGGUUCUCGUACAACAGACCGAAAUAUUGUCAACCUGUGUAGUUUUAUAUUUUCUUGUGGUUCCCAGCCUCUUGCUCCCCUCUAAGAAACAUCAAAAUUCUUAAAUUAAAAAUUUUUCAUAGAUCUAAGAUCUGCUUCUGCUCAAGUUAGAUAUCCACACACCUUGUGAAGUUCAAGCAUCUUCUCAAAAUCAGUAAUGAGUGAAGUGGGGGCGAUUUAUUCCAAUGUGCGACCUCAGCAUUUAUCUCGGCAGCAGAGGAGACAGCAUCCUGAGACCCGCCCUAGCAAAGAUCUUGCUGCUUCGUCUCCAUGGAAAUGUGUGGUGGUCAUGCUGGGGAUCCUGGGCCUGGUGCUGCUCGCGUCUGUUGCAUUUUUAAUCACAAAGUUGAAUCAGGAGUCAUUUCAAGCAGAAGGAUAUUCAGCAAAUAAUUCUUCCAAUGCAACAGAAACUGAAGCAGUUUCAGUGUGGGAAUGUCCUAUUUGUCGCACCAAUUGGCAUCAGUAUGGAGAAAACUGCUACUAUCUUCCAAGAAUAGAGGGUCUUUGGGAAGAAUGUCCUAAACAUUGCAUUGAUUCAGGUUUAAGUUUUCUUAGAUUGGAUACUGAAGAAGAGAUGAACUUUGCAAAAAGUUUGUCAAAGAUGGAGUGUAGCAUGCAACAAGAAAAGUUUUGGAUCAGUUCAUAUUAUAGUAGAAACCAGCAGAAGUGGGUGUGGCUGGACGGCACAGUUAUUACCUUGGGCAAGACUCUUCAAAUGUAUUUCCACACAUAGGGGACUUAAAAAAAACAAAAGAAAUGUUCUGACCACUUAGGCGGCCAGAGUCUGAAAUCAAGGUGUUGGCAGAGUUGAUUCCAGAUGGAUUCUCCUGGGCAAAUAUUAGUUACUAUUGAUGAUAAAUAGCCAUUUUGUUGUAUGUGUAAACGCCAUCAACUUGUCUUGUCAAAAUGGUGACACAGAAAGAAAACAUUCUGCGUCUCAGUCACUGUUCUUUCAUUUGUGAAAGAUGGAAGGGCAAUCUUAGUUUCUUUGUAAUUUACUUUAGAGAAAUUAUUUUAUGAGGAUGUCGUGAGCAACACAGUAACUGACAAAUUUAAGCAUGUGAAAAACUUCUGGCAUGUAGGAAAGGAAAAGCAUAAUAAAGGUACCAUCCUAUCUUCCUCCCUUUUACAUUCUAUCCUAAAUUUUAGUAGUAAACUAAUUGUCAGGUGCAUCUUUAAAUAUUUGAAUCUAACUUAAAAAUCUUAUCAUCAUUAAAAAAUGCUUGAAUAAAAUAAUCCAGAUUCUGUUUAAAGUGUCCACACCCAGCAAAUAUUAUUUUCCAACACAAUACUGGUGUUCAACUUUAGUUUUUAGAUUCAUUUAGGAUUCAAAGUGGUUUCCUAUUUGGUUCUAAUUACUAAAUGUAGCUCAAGAUUACUUCAGGAACUUUGCAGAAAAAUGGAAUUAGAAAAUGUCAUUGUGCUAAAAAUUAUUUUGGAACCCAUGCUUAUGAGAAGUAUUUAAAAAGCUGCUGGAAAAUGCAUGCUAUAAAAAUCUAUGCAUGGAUUUCAGAGUAAAUUUAUUGUUUUACUUUCAUUUUUUGAAAGCAGUCUCAUCGAUGUAUGCCUCCACUCAGGAAAUAGAACAUAUUUAAUAGAGCAUUUCCUAAAUUGUUUUGUCAUUAUAUGCAAAUUACAAUCUUUUUAAUUAUUAUGUGUACCAGCUAGGAUGAACACCUGUGCUCUAAUCUGGAAGAAGCAAAAUAGGUAUUUCCAAAGACAGAGUUAAUUGCUAUUAUGAUUCAUACCACAGUGCCUGUUUACUAGAAAUCUGUAACUAGGAAAAGGUGGUUAGCCUAGCAGUGACACCCACAUCCUGUACCACAUUCCCUGGGUUUGGUCUCCAGCUCAACCUCCUAAAUGCAACUUCUUGCCACUGCAGACUCAGGGAUGACUAAAUCAUCUGGGUUUCUGCCACUCAGGUGGAGGGCCUCGAUUGGUAUCUCAGCUCUUUACUCUGAUCCCAGGUCAAUUCUGUCCAUUCUGGGUAUUUGGGGAGUAAACCAGUGCAUGGAAUGAUUC